AAUCGUCAUUAUUUCACUUUUAGAUCGUCAACUGCAGCGCGCGUACACAAUCAAAACCAUGAUCAGUUUAUGAAAUUCAUAGUGCAAAAAAUACAGACCUCAAAAUGCAGUUAAGUGUAGUUGUUACGUUUUUUAUACUGUGGCUCUCGAGCAAUGUGCAAGCAGCAUGUGUGAUGCGUGGAGACUGCGUUAACGUAGGAGGUUUCAAUAAACCUUGUCCUGCAUACAAUAUAGAAGCUCCGUCGUUACCUCUAGACGUGGUUGAAGAAGAAAGAGAAGAAAUAGUCGAUAUUCUUGCUCGCAGGUGUCCAAGUCUAGUCUACGAUGAAGACGGAAACAUGAAACCGUACGAAGACAUAGUUACGUGCUGUGAUGCGGAUCAGCUAAGAACUAUGUCAAACAGCAUCAUGUUGGCCGACGGAGUACUGGGACGUUGUCCGACCUGCGCCAGGAACUUCAUCAGACAAAUCUGCGAGAUGAACUGCUCUCCAGAUCAGAGUCGCUUCGUUGACGUUCACGUGGAGAACACGACCGACGGCAUACCGUACGUUAAUGAAAUUGACUACAGAGUCCACGAAGACUUCAUGUUAGGAGCUCAUAGUUCCUGCGCCGGCGUGGUGGUCCCUCAGACUGGUUUACCAGCCAUCAACAUCAUGUGCGGUAAUGCUCCAGUUUGUGACGCUGAAGCUUGGUUCGGGUUCUCAGGAGAUUUUGAUAACAAUCCCUUAACACCUGUUCAAGUCAACUUCAUAAAAACUACAACGCCAGAAAAUUCUAUGAAUGCUGUUGCUCUUCCAUGUAAUGAAACAUUUGAAGGUGAACUUCCUUGCAGUUGCGUUGACUGCGCUCCGGUGUGUCCUGCCGGGACUAGACCUAUAGUGCCCGAACCUUGCAUGGUUCUCAAUAUGAACUGUGCUGCAUUUGGUGUAGCUUUAUCUUUCUCUAUAGUAUGCUUCACAUUUUUCGUUAUAAUGACUUUAAGACAAAAACCAAUAGAAAAGCAAACUAAAAGUGUACGAGAGGACAAUAAGUUUAUAAAAGUUUUCCAGGCUAUUUUCGCGUUCAUUGGAGAAUUUGUGUCUAAUAAUGCUGUAUUAGUCAUAAUGGUAACGUCUUGGUUUGCGUUCUCCAUGCUGUUUGGUGCACUUAGUCUCAAUUUGACGUCCAACCCAAUAGAGCUAUGGUCAGCGCCAGAGUCCCGCAGUCGUCAGGAAUUAGAUUACUUCAAUUCGCGAUUCGGACCCUUUUAUCGCGCUUCUCAGGUAUUUUUACGUUUUGAUGGUGAUCCAUUCGUUGUAAACAAUGUGACAUAUGGACCUGCUUUUCGAAUAGAAAAUAUUCAAAAGUUAGUUGCACUUGAAGAUGCUAUUAUUGAUAUAAAUAGAGAUAACGACGGUGUCAAAUUGGAACAAGUUUGUUACGCUCCACUUAGAAUGAGAGGUGGAGUGGAAAAUCUUGAAGAGUGUGUGAUGAUGUCCGCAGCUUUAUAUUUAGGUAGUGAUAGACACAAUAUAAACAACAACACUUAUCUAAACACUAUUCAAAAUUGUAUAAACAACCAUUAUGCUUUAAAUUGUCUAUCUAGCUGGGGCGGUGGUUCAGAGCCAGAACUUUCGUUUGGUGGAUAUGAUGAUAAUAUUUUAUUAGCAGAUACAUUGCUGUUAAACUUCCCAAUCGCUAAUCAUCUCCUCGAAGAAAAUCUACUUCCGGUUUUGCAAUGGGAAGACAAGUUUUUAGAUUUAAUGCAUAAUUAUUCAGCCAAUAAUCCAGACAUACAAGUUUCUUAUGGUGCUGAAAGAUCAAUCGAGGAUGAAAUUAGACGCGUAUCAGUUGCAGAGGCAGUACCUAUUGCCAUAAGCUACGUAAUUAUGUUCAUUUAUGUAACCCUUGCUUUAGGUAACAUCAGACAAUGUAAGACUUGGUUAAUUGACAGCAAAGUGAUAGUUGCUUUGGGUAGUAUUUUAGUGGUGCUCGUUGCAAUUUUUUGUGCCAUGGGUGUAAUGGGAUAUACGAACGUUGCAUUAACACUUCUUGCUAUCAACGUCAUCCCAUUUUUCGUGUUAUCUGUUGGUAUCGAUAAUGUAUUUUUAAUGGUAAACACAUUGUAUAAUAUCGAUAACAAUCUAAAAAGUUAUAGCGACUAUAAUGAAAGUUUUACCUUUGAAAAACGGAGAAAAUUUGUUUUCUCAAAAAUGUUGGGUGAAGUAGGGCCGUCUAUGUUUGCAUCGUCCGUGACGCAGGUUACAUGUUUUGGAAUCGGAAUUUUAGCAAAUUUCCCGGCUGUUGUUACAUUUGCAAUGUUUGCUACUCUGUCGCUAGCUUUCUUGUUUGUAUUCCAAAUAACUACAGUUGUGGCCAUUUUAUCUCUUGAUUAUAAAAGAGUGCGUCAAAACCGAUUAGAUAUAUUUUGUUUUAUUCAAAAGAAAGUUUUAAAUGACGACGAUCCAUUAAAUUCUGAUACGCCCCACCAAGGUAUAACUCAAAGACUUAUGGAACCAUAUACAAAAAUUCUUUUAAAAUGGCGAGUGAAAUUGAUUGUAGGUACAUUUUUUUUGAUCGUAUUGUUUGUUAGUAUGAUUUUAGCUCCCAAAAUAGAAGUUGGUUUAGAUCAAGAGAUGGCUUUGCCAACUGACUCUUACGUGUAUAGUUAUCUGCAAGCUGUCAAUGAACUUAUGCAUCUCGGUCCCCCUGUAUACUUUGUACUUAAAAGUGGUUUGAAUUUUAGUAACGUUUAUCACCAGAACACGGUAUGCGGAGGUCAACUGUGUAACAAUGAUUCUCUUACAACGCAAAUAUUCUUAGCUUCACAACAUAGUGAUGUAACCUAUAUAUCUAGAAGCUCUAAUUCUUGGUUGGAUGACUUUUUUGACUGGACUUCUCUUCCCGGGUCUUGUUGUAAAUACAAUACAACAUCUGGCGGAUUCUGUUCGAGUGUAGACAAUGCUCCUGAAUGUGCGUAUUGCACUAUAGAGAGAAAUGAAUGGGCUAAUGGCUUGAGACCAGCAGGAGAAGCCUUCGAGACCUACAUACCGUUCUUUUUACAAGAUGCUCCUACUGAUAUAUGUAAUAAAGGCGGCCUUGCAAGUUAUUCCGCUAACGUCAUUUACGUUUUAGAUUCAGAAGGGCGAGCUCAAAUACACGACAGCAAUUUUAUGGCCUAUCAUACCAAUUUGCGAACAUCGAACGAUUAUAUCUCGGCCGUAAAAUAUGGAUAUGAGAUUAGUAAUAAUAUAUCUAAAGCUAUAUAUGAUAAUACUGGCAUGGAGGUAGAAGUAUUCGCAUAUUCCGUUUUUUACGUUUAUUUCGAGCAAUAUCUAACUAUGUGGACUGAUACGCUGUCGUCUCUCGCCUACUGUAUUUUGGGUGCGUUUGUCUUUAACCUUCUAGCAUCAGGUUUCAAUCUGUUGACUUCUUUCGCUGUGAUAUUAACCUCUGUGAUGGUCGUGGUCGAUUUGAUGGGUGUCAUGUACAUAUGGAACAUCCCUUUGAAUGCUGUAUCGUGCGUUAACUUGAUUGUGGCUAUUGGUAUUGCUGUGGAGUUCUGCAGUCACGUCGCUUAUGCUUUUGCUACCAGUAAGGCUCCUAGGCAUGAGAGAGUAGAAGACGCCAUCAAGAAAGUAGGCGCCACGGUUAUUACAGGUAUAACUUUUACGAACAUACCUAUUAUUGUUUUGGCGUUUUCGUAUACUGAAAUAAUUGAAGUAUUCUUCUUUAGGAUGUUUUUCAGUAUUGUUUUGCUAGGAUUCCUUCACGGUAUGGUCUUUUUCCCAGUGUUGCUGAGUUUUCUUAACGAUUUGGGCAGUGAUAAGGAAAGUAAGCCUAAAGAAGUUAGAAAUGCAAGUUAAUUUAAAUAUUUUUGGGGAUGAUGGAUUACAAAAUAGACUAUUUAAUACAGUUAAUAUUAAAUACGAUUUAUUGUCGCCCAAAGUAUGUUAUCUGAUUUUUUUUGUAAUGUCUGCUGAAUAUUUCCCAACUUCUAAAUUAUCAGUGAUUAACGGCUGAUAGAGAUAAGUAUAUACUUAAUGAAACUAUGACAAUGUACCUAUAACUAAUAAAUAUUACCACGGAAAAGAAAUCAAAAAGUGCAGUUGACUAUAUCCAGGCUGAUGAACACCGGCCAAAUUUUAAUUACAUCGUAAAUCUUUCAAAAUAAAUUUGUAAAAUAAGAACAUAUUUUGACUCUGCUUACCAAUUUCGAACAGUUGUUCAUCCAAUAUGUAUGGGAGUGGAUAAAUGUUAUUUUUUGACAUAUGUAGCUUUAUUAUGGAAACGACUCAGUUCAUUUAUAAGCGGUUCCCGACUGCUUCUGCCUGAACCAGAUCUUGCUUAGUUUCAUUAUGUAAAUCAAUAACUACUUCUUUUUCAUCAAUACCUUUUAUGAAAGACUUAUUGGUGUUGAAGAAAUAGUCAUAUACAGUCAGAGGCAGAUAAACUUGACCGCCUGUGGUAGUAAGUUACUUAGGUGGGGGUCAGGUUUAUCUGUCCUCUAGUGUAUAGGUAUAUUAUUUAUACACCGAUUGAUUUGUUUAUUUUUAAAAUCGAUUGUGAAAUUUGAUUGACUAAGCAAUGGAAGGAGAUAAAAAUAUCUACAAACUAAUUAAGCUAUUUAAAUCUUUUACUUAUUUUAGAAUGUAAAAUAUUUGUAAGGAAAAAUAUAAUUAAAGUCGCAACUCCAGUA